AUGGUCCUCGCUCCAAUGCCAUCCUCGAAGGCAGUUCUCAUGUUCGCAGAUAUCUUCUUCAACAGCGAAACAGACACCAUGCUCAGCCAAGCCAAACUCCACCAGCUGGAGUCAGCCCCUUCAAACGUCAAGUCCAACUGGCUCACCACCGUGCAAACACGCCCCGUCCGCUCUGGCUCCGUGUCUUCAGACGACGAGCCCGCCGAGAGUAUAAUCCACCACCACCACGACACCGAGAGUAUCGUCGCGCCCGCUCGCUCUUCAGUCUUCGAAUAUGGUACCGGCACUACAACAGUUCUCUCGCACCGCGACUUCUCCAGCGCUACAACACGUCAUGGGUCAAAGGCCAUGUCUAUAAUCUCUAAGCGAGACCAUUCCUUCUCUUAUGCAAGCGAGCUGUACGACACGCAAGCUAUCUACAGGCAUGGCGUCGACUACGAAGGCUUCUCAUGCGAGCUUGACUCACACAUGCAGAGGGCUAUUGAUCGGUAUGCCCGCGUCUGCGGCAAACCUCUCGACUUUGGCCGCUCCGUUACCUCCAAGGAGUUUCUUGCGAUGGUCACGAACGAGAGAUUGCGAUACAUGCCCGAGAAGGGAAGUCGUCUUGACAAAACCCUCAAGAAAGCUGAAGCUUUUGCGAAGAAGUUUGACAAGAUCAUGACCGCGAUCAAGUUGAUUGAGGUAUCGACUUAUGAUAGCUCUGCGCUUGUUCUCUCGUCUUGUAAGACACUUCUUGGGUUCGCGGGUAAGUAUGGUUUUGCUGUUGAGCGUUUCUUUACGGUGCUUGAUGAUGCGAUGGGGACGGUUGUCAAGAUGGUUGAGAAGUUGGAGGCGAGCCAUGCUUCGCACAGAGUUUCUUCCAUCUUCCAGUCUUCCCUGGCUAUGAUUGUCGAUAUUGUUGUUGACAUCACUGCCUCUUUCGGUACUCAUCGCUCUGGUGCGAGUGAGAAGACCAUCAUUACCCAAUUCGAGUCUCGCUUUGAGAUCAUCAUCACCAGACUCACGCAGCUCAAGGCCGAGUUCCACAUGUGUCAUCUCAACCACUGGCUUGAAUGUCACGGAUCUGUUGAUUCACUCCUCAUCAUCCUCCGUGGCUUCGGCGACUUUGGUCUUGACUCCUGUCCCCCCGCCUACAUCUCCAUCCUCAUGAAGGUCUGCCUCUCUCUUCACAAGUCACACAGCGAGCACGCCGAGACCCUCACCUGGUUCCGUUUCCUCUGGAACUCAAUUGAGAAGCAUCGUCAUGACCAUGAGAUCAUCAGCUCGGAGCAGUGGUUCGAGGUGUACCAGGAGUACCUCAUCAUUCUUGGUGUUCAUGAGCAACACACUGAGCGUCUUCAUUUGGCCGAGAGCUUCAGGGCUGUCAUUCUUGCUGACUUUGGUGCUACCCAUGCGUACUACAUUCGCGCCAGCAUUGAGCUCGCCAAGAUCCUUGAGAUUGACACCGUUCGAUACGUCGAAGCUGUUUCUAUCUACGAGGAACUCUGUCAACUCGACAUCCACUGCUGUGAAGAGGGCGACUCCAUCAUUGCUCUCCUCGAGAUUGCUAAGUAUCGCCUCUCAGUUCUCUUCGAGUCACACUGCGAUCUCGGUCAUCGCGCCGAAACCCUCCUCAUCGACUCCUUCGUCUCUCUCAAAUGGGAGCUCUCCUACUCCCACGAGAAGGUCUUGGUAGCACUCACCCGCAUCGUCGACUACCACCGCAAGCAGAAACGUCGCGAGAGCAUCACCGUUGCUAUCAAGGUCAUUGAGGAGUACAUCGUCGGCCUUCUCACUGAAGAGCGUAAUGAGAUUGUCCUCUUCGACAUUGCUCGCAGCUUGGCCAAGAUGUACCGUGAGUUAUCUUCUGUCGAGUUUGGCAUCAAGUUCAUCCAGACUCUCAAGGAAGAGGUCCUCAUGGGCGAGAAGAGCAACGUCGAGGGCUUCUGUGGCUUCGGUCACGAAGAUCGUCUUGCUCACCUCGAUCGACGCUGCUUCAUCUUCAUCCAUGCCUUUGAGCAACUUCUCUGCGGGUAUGAACGCGAGAACAUGCUCGACAUCAUCAUCCGCGACGUCUACACUGAGACUUGUCUCUACGAAGCAUGGUCCAUCUCCGUCAGAACCUCAAGUCGCCCGAUCCACAUGCGUCUCGCCGCUGGCGCUCGUCUCAUCGCCUUCCUCGAACUCAAGGGUCGACAUACUGAGGUGCGAAGGCUCCGUACAGACAUGUGGGAGAUGUUCAAGGGCUUCUGCUCAACAUCUGUCUCGUCUGAGUUACUCUGGCAGCUUUUCGAAUUGACCCUUUCCAACGUCAACAAGAAGGUUGUGCAUAUUGACAUCCUUGAGCGCCUGGUUGAAGUCGGUCUCCAGGUCUACAAGGCCAAGGACUUCAAGGUUUCCCUCCAGCUGUUGAAGUGGUCGCAAGUUUACUUCCGACAACUCACCAAGACGAAGCACUCUCAUGUUGUCAAGCUUGCCUUCAAGAUCUCAGAGUCGUUCUCGCGUCGCCACACUCACGACCAUGACCAUAUUAUCAUUGAGCUCCAGCAAAUCUCAUCAGAGAUUCUCGUCGAGGUCCUCAAGGUUGGUCGUCUCGACAUCGACUUUGGCACCAUUCCAUUUGACCAAUUGAACGUCAUCAUCCGUCUUCUCGGUGAGAGGAAGAACUUCUCCAUGCUUGAGCGUAUCCUUCAGUAUCUCUGGGAUACACGCAUGAGCCGCAACUGGUCCGGCGCUGCGACAGUUGCUACUGGUCGUCGACUCUGCGAGGUCAAGUUCGCUGCAGGCCAUCAAUCAGCUGCUAUUUCUCUGAUCGAGAGCAUCUGCUACAACCUCCGCGAUGUCUACGGUUCUCUUCACCAUCUUACAGUCGAUUGUGAGACUCUCCGCGCAAGCUUCCACAACACUUGCGGGAAUCAUAGAGCUGCACGAGAUAUCCACGUUCAUCUCCUUGAGCAAAUCGGUAACAUGGACAGUGAUGCCAUUUCAGGUCGUGAUGAUCUUGCUGAGUUGGUUACGGACCAGGCCAAGAGGCUGAAGUGGGCUCAUCACAGCCACCAGAGCAAGGCCGGUGAGGAUGACAAGGAUGAGUCGUUUUACCUGUCGGUUCUCCGAAAUGCACAAAGUUCGGUUGGUGGACAUCACCGAAUUGAGUCAGCGUCUUUUGGUGAUGUCUUUAAGUUGGAUGGGGAGAAGAUGGAGACCAAGUGGAAGCAUCCUGAGAACUGGAGCUUGCCUGUGCGUGAGGUUCUGUAA